CGCGAUCACUAAUGGCGCCAAUGCCUGCUUCCGGGAGGGCCUUCUUGCUCGCCCUGGCUCUGCUGCUCGUCGUCCCCUCUUGCGGCGUGGCGGAGGGUUUGUCCACCGGGUACUACGCCAAGACCUGCCCCGGCGUGGAGUCCGCCGUGCGGUCGGUGGUGGCGCGGGCGGUGACCGCGGAGCCGCGCAUGGGCGCCUCCCUGCUCAGGCUCUUCUUCCACGACUGCUUCGUCAACGGCUGCGACGGCUCCGUGCUGCUCGACGACGCGCCGCCGGGGCUCGUCGGGGAGAAGGGCGCCGGCCCGAACGCCGGCUCCGUGCGCGGGUUCGAGGUCGUGGACGCCGCGAAGGCCCGCGUCGAGGCGGCGUGCAACGCCACCGUGUCGUGCGCCGACGUGCUCGCGCUCGCCGCGCGCGACGCCGUGGCGCUGCUCGGCGGGCCCGCGUGGGAGGUGAGGCUCGGCCGGAAGGACUCCCGCGCGGCGAGCCAGGCCGCCGCGAACGCCAACCUCCCGGGCCCCGGGUCCAGCCUCUCCUCGCUGCUCGCCGCGUUCGCCGCCAAGGGGCUCUCGGCGCGCGACAUGACGGCGCUGUCCGGCGCGCACACGGUGGGGCGCGCCCGCUGCGCGACGUUCCGCGGCCGCGUCAACGGCGGCGACGCCAACGUGAACGCCACCUUCGCGGCGCAGCUCCGGCAGUCCUGCCCGGCAGCCACCACCGCCGGGAGCGACGCCGCCCUCGCGCCGCUCGACGCCGAGACGCCCGACGCGUUCGACAACGGCUACUUCCGCGAGCUAACUCAGCAGCGCGGCCUGCUGCACUCCGACCAGGAGCUGUUCGGCGGCGGCAAGUCGUCGCAGGACGCGCUGGUGCGCAAGUACGCAGGCAACGCGGCGGAGUUCGCGAGGGACUUCGCGAAGGCGAUGGUGAAGAUGGGCAACCUCGCGCCGGCCGCCGGGACGGCGGUUGAGGUCCGGCUCAACUGCCGGGAGCCCAACUAGACACGCUGCACUACACUAGAGCAGCAACGAUGUUAAUUAGCAAUGUAACUAAACAGUACACUAGUGCCUGAUGAUUACGAUUUAUAUAUACAUGUAAGCAACAAAAGGAUUGAGGUAUUUUAUAUAUAUAGAUAAA